AUGUCCCCCUUGUUCCGGGAAAACAUUGCUUACUUUAUCAUGAAGUAUAUUGGAAAGAACACUUCUUUGGCAGGCCAGCUCCUGAAGGGCUGUCAUGUGCCAGAUUCAAUGAGACUGAAAUAUGGGAAGUGGUUGAGUCCAGACAACAUUCCAGAAAGAUUUAAGGGGAGAGGCUACAAACAAGUCCCACUUGCUCCUUAUAAACCUGAAGUCUAUAGGCAAUUGCGAGAGCUAUUGGAACCAGAUAUUUCUUGCCUUUUUGCUGAGGACUCUGUCAUUCAGAAGCUUCCUGAAACCCUAAUUGUGAGCUGCGAGUACGAUGUAUUACGAGAUGAUGCACUGCUGUACAAGAAACGUCUGGGGGACAAUGGGGUGAAAGUCAGCUGGUUCCAUGUUGAGAAUGGGUUUCAUGGGGUGCUAAAUCUCUUUGACGCAGGCCUGUUCACAUUGCCUGCUGCAGUUGAAUUGAUGGACAGGAUUGUAGACUUUGUCAAAAACAUAUGA